AUGAGGUUCUAUUUCUGUAUUUUGCUUUUGAUUCUAGUGUCAACUACUGUCGCGAUUAAACCAAUCGUUGAUGUAACCGACGGGCCUGCCAUUGGGGUGCCACGAUGCCGUAAUCAAGCGGAAUGUUCUGGAAAUAUGAAUUGCUGUGCUCACCCAAUCAGCUGCCCUCGCCCCGCGCUCUGCCUAUUCGUGCUAACUGGCCAAUGCAGAAACGAAUGUGAAGUCGGCGAAAUUGUGCUCGGCGCCGCAGUGGCUGCCCAA